AUGUCUGUAUCCUUCAUUUUAAGGUUAUUGAAACCAUCGGAUACGCCACUGUUUCCUUCAAUGGAUGAAGAUCCACCAUUUACUAAUGUUGCAAGCAGAGGAAGGCAGAGUAAACCCAUUUCCAUAUCAAGAUCUUCUACUAUGGAGAAAAGUCGCAGAAGCAGUAGGGGCAGUGCAAGUCCAAAUCGUUUAAGUCCAUCUCCUCGUUCUGGAACUAAUACAUCGCAAGCAGGAGGAAGACCUUCAUCAUUGCCAAAUUACAGUCCAACGUCCUCAAGUUUCCGAUUUAGCUUGUGUUUAUAA